AUGCUGUGGCUGCUGCUGCUGCAGGUCUGGGCGAGCUGCCUUUGGCUGGGACACGGCGAGGUGGUGAAUUCCUUUGCAAGUUGUCCUCAGUUCUUCUAUGAUAACACCCCGCCAGAUGCAGCAAUGAUGCCACAGAACCCAGCCUGGAUCUGCCAGACCUUAAACAGCCAGCGUUUCUUUGCCACCUUGUACGAUAGACAGAAGCGUAUUCCCAUGUACUCUGCUUACAAAUACGAGCCUGGAAGGUUCCACGCAAUCCACACAUGGACAGUUGAGCCCCAGCUGAUAGAUGACAAUUUGCCCCAAGACAUGUACACAGUGCAGGCCCUUGAACGUGCAUACAACAUCACCAGAGCGCAAAUCAUGCAAAGCCAGGCUGUCAGCGCAGACUAUGAGAACAGCGGUUGGGACCGUGGCCAUUUGAACCCCAAUGGCCACCACAACACCCUGGCCAGCAGGAAUGCGACCUUCACCCUCACCAACAUAGUGCCCAUGGACGAAAAACUCAACCGAAAAGCCUGGAAAAAGUACGAGCAGCAAACGAUGCGCCAGAAAACCAAGAAGUGUCAAAAUGACAAAAUCUUCGUCAUUGCGGGGGCUGUGCCUGGGAACUCCUCCAUUGCCGGUGGGAGGGUUAAUGUACCCAGCCACAUCUGGUCUGGUGCCUGCUGCAAGACCAGGAACAACACUGUGAGUGCUUGGGCAGCCAUUGCCAACAACAAGCACAACAGGAUCUGGAAAAUCUCUCUGGGGCACCUGGAGAAGAGGUUGGCCCAGCUGUAUGGAAUGCAAAAUGUUUCUCUCUUCCACGAUGACUGUCCCCGUACAUAA